UGGCGCACGCCUAGGGUAGAACCUGGGGUGGCUUGGAGCUCUGCAGGAGGCGCGUGCUAGGAGGGAGCUCUAGGGCUGGCGUGGGGUGGAGGUGGAGGGCACGGACGCUCUGGGAGACAAGACCCAGCUGGAAGAGCUGCCGCGGGUGCUCAGGCGCGAACAGCAGCUGUCAUUAUUGCCCAACUCCAGCAUCUUUCCCGGGAGGGGCAGGGGCAUCUCAGCAAGGAGAGGUGGAGGCACAGGACUGGGUGGCAGGAGGCAGCAGCAUCUACUUCUUCCCUCCUCAAUUUAUAAGAGGAAGGCUAGGGCUGCAGGUGUGGGAGUAACUGCAGGGCGGAGGGGGUACGGUGAAACAAUAGAAACAGGAGGUGGGAGACGCAGGGAAAGUUGGGGUGGGGAGCAGUAAGGGAGGAGGGCAGCAUCAGAAGCCAAAACAUCCUGCCCGGAAAGGUGAGAGGGAGGCAGGAGAGGGACGAACUACAGCUUCAGCAUCCGCAGCUGGAGUAACCAGCGGAGCCCCAGUAGAAGGAAGAGGGAGAGGAGUAAGGGAAGGGGAGCAGCAAGGGAGGGAGAGGCAUCCGAAGCCAAAGCAUCCAGUCCGGAAAGGUGAGAGGGAGGCUGAAGGGGGACGAGCUACAGCAGCAGCAGCAGCAGCAUCUGCAGCUGGAGUAACCAGGGUAGCCCCUGGAGGAGGAGGGGUGUGGAGAGGAGGAGGAGCUGCAGCAGCAGCGGUGGCAGCUAAAUUUGCCACCCCGAGGAGGCGGAGUUUCCGCAGCCCUAAGAAGAGAAGGCUUUGGUGAAACAGUAACAGCGCUGGCUAUAGCCAGAGCAGGAGCUGGAACUGGAGGGAGUAAGGCUGUGUGUGCUUCACUAGAGACGGACCAGCAGCAUCUCUUCUGGAGGCAUUAGGAGUGUGUCAAGCCCAUUUAGGAAUCCCCUCUACAAUGAAUCCAUCUUUCACUUGAAGAUCUCUAGCAAGAAAAAUUGGAAAAUGAGGGGAUGCCCUUCAUUUGGGGAAUGGCUGAACAAAUUGUGGUAUAUGUUGGUGAUGGAAUACUAUUGUGCUAAAAGGAAUAAUAAAGUAGAGGAAUUCUAUGGAGACUGGAACAACCUCCAGGAAGUGAUGCAGAGUGAGAGGAGCAGAACCAGGAGAACAUUAUACACAGAGACUGAUCCAUUGUGGUACAAUUGAAUGUAAUGGACUUCUCCAUUAAUGGCAAUGCAGUGAUCCUGAACAACUUGGAGACUGAAACCUUGGAAACAUGACUUUCUUUGGACUCUUGGCUUUGCUUAUUCUGCCAAGUAUGGCUCUCAGCACCAGUUUUCCUGAUGAAACCAUUGCAGAAUUGUCUGUGAAUGUGUAUAAUCAUCUGCGGGCCACUGGGGAAGAUGAGAACAUUCUCUUCUCUCCUUUGAGUAUUGCUAUCGCAAUGGGAAUGGUGGAACUGGGAGCCCGUGGGUCCACCCUGAAGGAAAUACGUCACUCUAUGGGAUAUGAAGGCUUGAAAGAUGGGGAAGAAUUUUCCUUCUUGAAGGACCUCUCGGACAUGAUAACCACUGAGGAGAACCACUAUGUAAUGAAAAUGGCCAAUUCCCUCUUGGUGCAAAAUGGAUUCCAUGUGAGCGACCAAUUCCUGCAGAUGAUGAAAAAGUACUUUCAAGCGGAGGUUGAUCAUGUAGAUUUCAGUCAAAACGAGGCUGUGGCCAGUCACAUCAACAAGUGGGUGGAGAACCACACCAAUAGUCAAGUGAAAGAUUUGGUAUCAGCAAGAGACUUUAGUGCUUUGACUAACUUGGCCCUCAUCAACGCCGUCUACUUUAAAGGGAAUUGGAAGUCACAAUUUAGACCUGAAAAUACAAGGACCUUCUCCUUCACUAAAGAUGAUGAAAGCGAAGCUCAGAUUCCAAUGAUGUACCAACAAGGAGAGUUUUAUUAUGGGGAAUUUAGUGAUGGCUCCAAUGAGGCAGGCGGCAUCUAUCAAGUUCUGGAAAUACCCUAUGAAGGGGAUGAAAUAAGCAUGAUGCUGGUUCUCUCCAGACAAGAAGUCCCACUCGUCACUCUGGAGCCAUUAGUGAAACCUCAGCUGAUUGAAGAAUGGGCCAAUUCUGUGAAGAAGCAGAAAGUGGAAGUGUAUCUCCCAAGGUUCACCAUAGAGCAGGAAAUUGACCUCAAAGAUGUCCUGAAGGGCCUUGGGAUUUCUGAGAUUUUCAACAGGAAUGCAGAUUUUAGUGCGCUGUCUGACAAAAAGGAGAUUUUCCUGGCCAGAGCCGUCCACAAAUCCUUCAUAGAGGUUAACGAGGAAGGCUCCGAAGCGGCUGCUGCCUCAGGAAUGAUUGCCAUUAGUCGCAUGGCCGUGCUCUAUCCCCAGGUUAUCGUGGACCAUCCAUUCUUUUUUCUUAUCAGGAAUAGGAGAACAGGUACCAUCUUGUUCAUAGGAAGAGUCAUGCACCCAGAAGCAAUGAACACGAGUGGACACGAUUUUGAAGAGCUGUAAAUAUUUCCCCUCACAUCAUGAAAGGAAAAUUGUCACUGAGCACACCAUGUUUGCAACUGGUAUCUAUUUAAGGUUUGUGUUCUCCAAUGUAUACUCUGAGCCUAUUCACGUGGAUGGCCAACUGGUCUUGUCAAAGAAUGCUUUCCGUAUUAUCGCCAUCAUGGUCCUCUUGCUGUCCUUGUGGUUACUGUGUUGGUAUUGAAAAUAAAACCAUAUACUGUACACAUGAA